GUUGUAGAGCAGUAGGAUCUCACUGCGCUUCUUCACAGAAAAUAGAAAGCAAGGCUUUUGAAUUUACUUUUUUUACCUAGUAACAGCAAUUACAAAAAUGUUAAAACAGAUGGGAAGAACAAGCCAAGCUGUGCUAUUAAUUUUGUGUGUGUUAAUGACUGUUAAAGCUUUUGAAAUGGAGAUUAUACCUGCUAACAGAAUUGUUGCACAGAUUGGAGAAACACUCAUACUCACAUGCAAUACUACUGGCUGUGCAUCACCAAGUUUUUCCUGGAGAACCCAGAUGGACAACCCCCUUGGAGGAACAGUGAACAACCAUAGGACAUACUCUACCUUGACUAUGAAUCCAGUUAGCAUUGUGAAUUCUCAUGAUUAUCUGUGUACUGUCUUGUGUGGUGAGAAAGAGAAAAAAGAGAAGAGUAUCAAAGUUGAACUUUAUUCUUUCCCCAGUGAUCCUAUCAUUGAGAUCAGCCCAUCCUUAGUUGCUGGAGAACCAAUCACUGUCAUCUGUAAAAUUCCUGAUGUGUAUCCUUCUGAUCACCUGGAAGUACUCUUAAAGAAAGAAGAACAUGUUCUUCAUGAGGAGAAUUUUUAUGAAGAUGACAGCACAAAUACAGAGACCAAAACUGUGACAUAUUCAUUUAAUCCCACGGCUGAAGAUAUUGGGAAAGAGAUUACCUGUGUGGCCAAGUUACCAAUUGCUAAUAUGGACUUUGAACCCAAAGAAAGAGUAACUUCUCAGAAGCUGAAUGCAAACUUUGGUCCACAAAAUACUAUCAUUACUGCAUCUCCAGGCAACUCGCCAAUGGAAGGAGACCCUCUAAAACUCACUUGUGUGACUGAGAGUAAUCCACCACCACAAAUAGUUUGGAGAAAACAACUGGCUGAUGAAAGUGUUCAGCAUCUGAUGGAAAACAAUGUCCUUUCUAUUCCCUAUGCCCGUUUCACUGAUUCGGGACUGUACAUCUGUGAAGUAAUUAAUCUGGUAACUAACAAAACAGAGAAAGCAACUAUGGACAUUGUUAUACAAGGUGCUCCAAACAUUGCGGAACUCUCCAUUAAGCCUUCUACAACAGUUCAAGAAGGAGAAAAUGUUUCCAUACAAUGUUCUGCUGAGAGUAACCCUCCUCCUAAGAUUAUUUUAAGGAGAAAAUCUGACAGUGCAGACAUGGGGCCUUACAGCGAGGGGAGAAUUCUCCUUCUUCCAUCUGUGACAUUCCUAAAUGGAGGAGACUAUGAAUGUGUAGCAGAAAAUAAAUUUGGGAAAAGUAAAAGUGAAAUAACACUUAAUGUGGAAUAUGGACCAAAAAGUACAAUGAUCUCUGUUAUCCCUGCUGCUGCUGUUAAAGAAGGAGAAACUGUGACAAUGAAAUGUACUAGUUCUGGUAAUCCAGCUCCAGUGAUCUCUUGGAAGAAAAAGAAGGCCACUGGGGAGUGUGAGAAAAUUUUUAAAGAUGCGACUUUAACUAUACAGAACAUAAAAAGUCAAGAUGUGGGGCUUUAUGAAUGUGAAGCUUAUAACCAAUUUGGCAAAGAAGAAAAAGGUGUGAAAUUACUUGUUCAAGUUGCACCAAAAAAUACACUUUCAGUUUUUCCUUCAAGUGCAGUGAUACAAGGAGAAAGCGUUACCAUCUCUUGUGAUGGGAUCACAACCCUUGAAACAGUAGAUGGCAAAUAUACCAUAGACAGGGCUCAGCUAAAGGAUGCAGGAACAUAUGAAUGCAUAUUUAAUGAACUGGGAGAGCAGUCUCAGCACGUAGUACUUCAUGUCAAAGUAUAUCCAUCAGAAAAUGUUAAAGAAGGAGAAAAUGUCACUAUUACAUGUAGCACAUACAGUAACCCACCAUCACAGAUGGUCCUGAAAAAAGUCCAUCAGGAGAAAGAAAUUAUUCUGCCAUCAGUGAAUGGAACCUUUAUACUCUACAAUGUCACCAAAAAUGAUACAGGCAGAUAUUUGCUUGAUGUUUUCAAUGAGGUUGGAAACAACAUCAAAGUGAUUGAGAUAGCUGUUGUAGGAAGAUUGGAAAAACCAGAUCAAAUGAUACCAUUGAUUAUUGCAUUCUCCUGUGUAACAGCAAUAGUAGUACCUGUAGUUGCAAUUUUGAUCUACGUGUCAAGAAAAGCAAAGAUAAAUGGAUCCUACAGUCUUGUAAAAGCACUCAGGCUGAAAGUGUGAUCGCAUGAAUAUAAGUCUAAGUUCAUAAUAAGCAAUGUUAUUUAUUGUUGUGACUGGUUCUACUCUUCUAUAGCAUAUGGUAACAAACAAGUGACUUAAGAAC